AUGCUCGAAGAAGACAGGAGCAGACUUGAAGAGGCUCGGACGCCGUUGAACAAGAAGCACGAGAAAUGGGAGAGGAAGAACAACCUCGAGUGGGUGGUAUUGAUGAAGAUGCCGGCAAUUUCGAAGGCGAAAAUCGAGGAAAGGAAUGCAGAGGGUUUGAAGGCAAAAGUCAGAGCAGACAAAGUGAGGGAGAUGCUGGAAUGGGAUAACAGGGCUUUGAAGUCAGAAAACGACGCUUUGGUAGAGGAGAACAAGGUGCUACAGCAGGCUAACCAGUAUUGGGAAGUGGAACGUAUCAGGGCAGAUGAAAAGUGCGCAAAGACUGUUUCGACGCUCAAACGUAAGCGCAUGGACGUCAUUAAAGCCACUCAAGCUCUCUCCAGUGACGACGACGAGGACAUCCCAUUGUAG